UCUCCUUCCCCCCUCCCCUCCCUCCUCAUCUGAGUCUUCCCCUCCCCCCCAGACACCUGUUGUGUACCUGCACUCACUAAUGACAGCGUGGAUCCUCCUCCCCAUCAGCCUCUCUGCCUUCUCAAUCACAGGAAUAUGGAUUGUGUAUGCCAUGGCAGUGAUGAACCACCACGUCUGCCCUGUUGAGAACUGGUCGUACAACGAGUCCUGCUCUGCUGAUCCUGCCAAGCAUGGCUACCCCAAAAGCUGCUGCACCUUGGAGGAUGUCCCUUUGAUCAGUAAAUGUGGCAGUUACCCUCCCGAAAGUUGCCUCUUCAGCCUUAUUGGAAACAUUGGAGCUUUCAUGGUGGUACUCAUUUGUUUCCUGCGCUAUGGACAGCUGAUUGAGCAGAGCCACAGUUCCUGGGUGAACACAACAGCCCUGGUCACGGGCUGCACCAACGCUGCCGGCCUGGUCAUGGUGGGCAAUUUCCAGGUAGACCAUGCCAAAUCACUUCACUACAUUGGAGCCGGUGUCGCCUUCCCAGCUGGCCUGCUUUUCGUCUGCCUCCAGUGCGCCCUCUCUUACCACAUUGCCGCCUCCGCGCUGGACUUCUGGAUGGCGCACCUGCGUGUCUCCCUUACCACCGUGGCCUUAAUCUCCCUUGUCCUCAGUGGCAUCUUCUUCAUCCACGAGAGCUUCCUCCUGCAGCACUUGGCGGCCAUUUGCGAGUGGGUCUUCGUGAUCGACAUCCUGGUCUUCUACGGCACCUUCACCUAUGAAUUCGGCGCGGUUUCCAAUGACACCAUGGUGGCUGCACUGCAGCAUUCGAACAGCAGGGGGUGCAAGUCGCCCGGCAGCAGCAGCACCUCCACUCACCUGAACUGCAACCCAGAGAGCAUCGCCAUGAUAUGAGAUCCGGGCGGGGGGCGGGGGGACACUUUCUGCCUCACUCCCUCCCGCAGCUUUCAGGGGGCUGCCUUUUUUUUCCCCCAAUGGGGGAAGAGCGGCACAUUCUCCCUCCUGGUGAUUCUAGUUUUGUACCAAAAGGUUUUUUUAAAAGACGUCUUGCAGCCAACACUACCCCUCCACACACCCCCUUGGUCUAAAUGGGACACUCUGCCAGCUUCUCUAAGGCCCUGGAUGGGAGAUGCGCCAGGAAGGUGCGAGACUCCUCAGGCACCUCUUGGCUGUCGCCUUCCUGCCUCUCCCUGCUGGCUGCAGAGUGUGGCCUUCUGGCCGCCCCUCAGGGCUACUGAAUCAGUGCCAAAGGGAGCCACAGCGGUUCCCAGCCUCAUCCUAGGCAAGGCCCAGCUCCACCUGUCCACGGAGGGGCCGCCCGGGUGCCUGCAAACGGCAGCUGCUCCUAGAACUGCCACUGCGUCUCACUGCCACUCCCCUCUCCCUCCCCUUCGGAGCAAGCAAGAGGCCCGGCCUCGGCUGCUUUUGCAGUGGGAGAUGCAUUUACCUCUGGCAGAUGCCCCUUCCCUGCCACUCCUUUUGGGGAGACACAGGCCUCCUCCACAUCCUGGCCUCGAAUGAAUAAACAAAAUGCACUGGGGGGUAGGGGGCAAAUAACACCGGACUUUCGUCGUAGGGGAACGGCUGACCCUUUCUGCCCCCCCCCCCCGCCACCUUCUUAAUCUACAGGUUCCCUGGGCUCUCCCAUUGCUAACUGGUUGGGGGAGAGGGACGCUUCUCAGCCCCCAACAUCUCAGCUGGUGUUUGGGUAUUUUUUAGAACUUUUUUAUAUAUCUCUAUAUAAGAUCUGUAUAAAAAGAGUUGUAUCAGA